UGCCGUUAUUCCUCAUUGCGAGUCGUCUUUCAGAAAUAGCAGCUCCCGUAGGACUCAAAACCCGUUCCUGGGCUACAGUAGAAAGGCUUGGUUGGGGUCAGAAGGCGGAGGUCACGGGACGGAAUUGGCGGGAGAAUAAGAUCGGAGCCCCGGAGCUGAGGCUACACCGACGUAAAGUUUACGGACACCGGAGUAAUAUAAGGAUUCUUAUUCUUCCAAAAGCUACCAAGAGCAAAACAUCAACAGUGCCACCGUGGUUACAGAAAACAUCCUGGGAGGAAGCAUAUCUUCCUCACACUUAAGGAAGCUGGUGGCAUCCGAUGGCUCCUGUGAAGAUCAGCCAUGUGGUGUCAUUUUCCUCUCAGGAUCCCAAAUAUCCUGUGGAGAACUUGCUGAACCCAGACAGUCACAGGGGACCUUGGCUCAGCUGCCCUCGGGACAAGACUGGACAACUGAAAGUGGAGUUUCAGCUGGAGAGGGCAGUGCCCAUAAGCUAUAUUGAUGUUGGGAACUGCGGCUGUGCUUUCCUACAGAUUGAUGUGGGUCGUUCUUCCUGGCCCUUGGACAGACCUUUCGUCACCCUGCUCCCUGCCACCAUGCUAAUGUCCCUCACUGACUCCAAGUCGGGGAAGAACCGCUCAGGGGUCCGGAUGUUUAAAGAUGAUGAUUUCCUGACUCCAGCCUCAGGAGAGUCUUGGGAUCGACUUCGAUUGACCUGCUCCCAACCUUUCACACGUCAUCAGUCCUUUGGCCUGGCCUUCCUACGAGUACGUUCCUCUCUGGACUCUCUGGCUGACCCUGUAGUAGAUCCCUCAGCCCCUGGGAGCUCUGGGCUUAACCAGAACUCUACAGAUGUGCUGGAGUCCCAUCCUAGCCCCUGGCUGACUAAUCCUUCUAUCCGGAGGACAUUCUUCCCAGAUCCCCAGACGAGCACCAAGGAAAUCUCAGAGCUCAAGGGUAUGUUGAAGCAGUUGCAGCCGGGGCCUCUGGGGCGGGCGGCCCGCAUGGUGCUUUCUGCUGCCCAUAAGGCUCCUCCAGCCAGUGUUGUAAGCCCAAACAACAGCGGAGAACCAGGUUCCAGCCAUGCAGAGAAUGCAGAGCCCAGAGCAGAAGAACCAAACAGGAAGAAGGAUGUGGGCAGAAGGAAGAGGAGGAAAGUGCAGGAGCAGAGGAGAUCGUUGUCCAACUCGAGUUCUCAGCCAAAUAGGAGGGGGAGAGGAAGGACAAGACAAAGACAGCACCGACCUCAGACCAAAAGUGAUGAUGGUGGUGUGCAGGCUACUGGACAGUGUCCCAUCUGUGCAGGUUUCUUCAGUAUUGAGACUCUUCCCCAGCAUGCUGCCACUUGUGGAGAGAGCCCCCCACCCCAGCCAGCUUCUCCUGCCUCCUUGUCUUCUUCGGAGUCCGUGCUGUGGGUAUGUCAUGUGGCACUAACACCCGUUCCCCUCAUCCCCGAGCCACAGCCCAACUGGACUGAGAUUGUGAACAAAAAGCUCAAAUUCCCCCCCACACUCCUGCGUGCCAUCCAGGAGGGCCAGCUGGGUCUCGUGCAGCAGCUGCUGGAAUCUGGCUCCGAUGCCUCGGGUGCUGGACCAGGUGGUCCUCUUCGGAAUGUGGAAGAAUCUGAGGACCGCUCCUGGAGGGAAGCCCUCAAUCUGGCCAUCCGCCUGGGCCACGAGGUCAUCACUGAUGUUCUGCUGGCCAAUGUCAAAUUCGACUUCCGGCAGAUCCACGAAGCCCUGCUAGUGGCUGUGGACACAAACCAGCCAGCGGUGGUGCGUCGCCUGCUAGCUCGGCUGGAGCGGGAGAAAGGUCGAAAAGUAGACACCAAGUCUUUCUCUCUAGCCUUCUUUGACUCAUCGAUUGAUGGCUCCCGCUUUGCCCCUGGUGUCACUCCACUCACACUGGCCUGCCAGAAGGACCUGUAUGAGAUCGCCCAGCUGCUUAUGGACCAGGGCCACACUAUUGCUCGGCCCCACCCAGUUUCCUGUGCCUGCCUCGAGUGCAGCAAUGCCCGCCGAUACGACCUGCUCAAGUUCUCACUAUCCCGAAUCAACACCUACCGAGGUAUUGCAAGCCGGGCUCACCUCUCGCUGGCCAGUGAGGAUGCCAUGCUGGCCGCUUUUCAGCUGAGCCGGGAGCUCAGGCGCCUUGCACGAAAGGAGCCUGAGUUUAAGCCUCAGUACAUCGCCCUGGAGUCUCUCUGCCAGGACUAUGGCUUCGAGUUGCUGGGCAUGUGCCGGAAUCAGAGUGAGGUCACCGCAGUGCUCAAUGACCUGGGCGAGGAUAGUGAGACUGAGCCUGAGGCUGAGGGCCUGGGUCAGGCCUUUGAGGAGGGCAUCCCCAACCUGGCAAGACUGCGGCUGGCUGUCAACUACAAUCAGAAACAGUUUGUAGCACACCCCAUCUGCCAGCAAGUUCUGUCUUCCAUCUGGUGUGGGAACCUGGCUGGCUGGCGUGGAAGCACCACCAUCUGGAAGCUCUUUGUCGCCUUCCUCAUCUUCCUCACCAUGCCCUUCCUCUGCAUUGGCUACUGGCUGGCACCCAAGUCCCGGCUGGGCCGCCUGCUGAAGAUCCCUGUGUUGAAGUUCCUGCUGCAUUCUGCCUCCUACCUGUGGUUCCUUAUCUUCCUGCUGGGAGAGUCUCUGGUCAUGGAGACCCAGCUGAACACCUUCAAAGGCCGCAGCCAGAGUGUCUGGGAGACUUCACUACAUAUGAUCUGGGUCACAGGCUUCCUAUGGUUUGAAUGCAAGGAGGUGUGGAUCGAGGGCUUGCGAAGCUACCUCCUGGACUGGUGGAACUUCCUGGACGUGGUCAUCCUGUCCCUCUACUUGGCAUCCUUUGCACUGCGCCUCCUCCUGGCUGGGCUUGCCUACAUGCACUGCCGUGAUGCCUCAGACAGCACCACCUGCCGCUAUUUCACCACAGCUGGUGAGGAGCCUGCCCUCAUCACCUUCCCCUUUGCUGUGAUCAGCUACCCAGCAAAGCGGCUUCAGGGUGGAGACGCUCUGACCCGUCCACAUCCUACUCCCUCCAGGUUCAUGUUCAUCCUCAUGAUCAUCCUGACUGCCUUCCUCUGUGGCCUCAACAACAUCUAUGUGCCCUACCAGGAAUCGGAGAAGCUAGGCAAUUUCAACGAAACGUUCCAGUUUCUCUUUUGGACCAUGUUCGGCAUGGAAGAGCACUCGGUGGUGGACAUGCCUCAGUUCCUGGUGCCUGAGUUCGUGGGCAGGGCCAUGUACGGCAUCUUUACCAUCGUCAUGGUCAUUGUGCUACUUAACAUGCUCAUUGCCAUGAUCACCAACUCCUUCCAGAAGAUCGAGGAUGAUGCUGAUGUGGAGUGGAAGUUUGCUCGCUCCAAGCUCUACCUGUCCUACUUCCGAGAGGGUCUGACGCUGCCUGUGCCCUUUAACAUCCUGCCGUCCCCAAAGGCUGCCUUCUACCUCAUCAGGAGAAUUUUCCGGUUACUUUGCUGUGGCUCCUCCUGCUGCAAAGCCAAGGAGUCGGACUACCCGCCCAUCCCGACCUUUACCAACCCUGGGGCAAGGGCAGGCUCCUCCAGGGAGGGAGAACGCGUGUCCUACCGCCUUCGAGUCAUCAAGGCUCUGGUGCAGCGCUACAUAGAGACUGCCCGGCGUGAGUUUGAGGAGACCCGUCGGAAAGACCUGGGCAACAGACUGACAGAGCUGACCAAGACUGUGUCUCGACUGCAAAGCGAGGUGGCCAGUGUGCAGAAGAACCUGGCGGCGGGAGGGGCACCACGGCCUCCGGAUGGUGCCAGCAUUCUCAGUAGAUACAUCACCCGCGUGCGCAACAGCUUCCAGAACCUGGGCCCCCCCACCUCUGACACCCCAGCAGAGCUGACUAUGCCUGGGAUUGUGGAGACCGAAGUCUCUUUAGAAGAUGGCCUUGAUGCCGCAGGUGACGUUGGGGCUCCAGCUUCUGGAGAGCCCAGCUCUUCCUCCUCUGCCCAUGUGCUGGUUCACAGGGAGCAAGAAGCAGAGGGGUCAGGGGACUUGCCCCUGGAGGAAGAUCUGGAGUCCAAGGGCGACUCCUAAGGCAGCAGAAGGGUCUCUUCUGCCACUAAGUGCAGCUGCCUAGUUGGGUGGAGCCAGGGUCUCACAAUAGAUUUUUUUUUUGCCUCAGUAAAAUUUCUGCUGUGGAAG